AUGAUUCAUUCUUUUGAGGUGCAGCGGCUAUUGAAGAAGAUGCUUGAUGGUGCUAUUGAGAUGAAGAUGAGGGAUGGUGAUGUUGCUGGGCUGAAUAUGGCUUCCUUUGCCCAGCUUGAUGCGGUUGGAAAUGGAGUGGCCUACUUCACAGUGUUCGUUUCAUUGUAUAGAUCUGUGCUCCUUUCCUCACUGUUUCUACACAUUAUUGCAUUCCUCUCUUUGAUUGUCAAUAUCAACCCUUCUUCAUCUUCUCUUUCACUGAUGGCCAAGUUUGAGUCAGUUCCGUUUGCUGUUGCUUCAAACCUCAUUCACAGGCUAGCUUCCCCAGAUUUUCUUGAAUUUGGACGAGAGUAUGGUGUGAUGGAAGGGUUAGAAGAGCUCAAGAACACUGUUGAAUCCAUCAAUGAUAAGCUUCUUGAUGCCGACGAUAAUCAAGAUCAAAACGGUGGUGUGCGAGUUUGGAUCAGAAAGUUCAAAAAAGUACUUCAUCAUGCAGAUGACUUUUUAGAUGACCUCGCUAUCGAAUUCAGGAGAGACAAAUUGGGUGCAGCAGAAGGAAAAGAAGUAAACAAGGUACUUCUUUCCAUUUCAUCUUCAAAUCAAAUUCCUUUAGACAAUGAAAUGCCUGACAAGAUUAAAGAAAUACGAGAAAGUUUUAAUGAUGUAGUAAAAGAAAUGAAGGAUUUGAAUUUAAGCCCAAGAUCAGGGGUAGUCAAGCAGACUAACCGUGAAUGGAGGGAAACAUGUUCUUUUGUGUUGGAAUCAGAUAUCAUUGGAAGAGAUGACAGUACAAAAGAGAUUAUUAGUCUGUUGAGGCAACCACAUGAAAAGCAAAGAGUUUCUGUGAUUGCUAUUGUUGGCAUUGGUGGUUUAGGGAAGACAACACUUGCUCAGUUGGUGUAUAAUGACAUGGAAGUGAGGAACUCUUUUGAAAUGCAAAUGUGGGUGUGUGUCUCUGAUAACUUUGAUGUGAAAACUAUUCUGAAGGAAAUACUAGAGUCAAUUCUAGGUGUCCAAGUUGAAGACAAGUCAUCGUUAGACAAAUUGCAAAGAGAACUUCAGCAAAAAAUAAGUGGUAAGAAAUAUUUGUUGGUCCUGGAUGACAUUUGGAACGAGAGACAUGACAAAUGGGCUGAAUUGAGAAAGUACUUAAUGUGUGGCGCUCAAGAUAGCAAGAUUUUAGUGACAACUAGAAGUAAAAAGGUAGCAAAAGCAAUGACCGCUAGCACUUCCUAUCUUUUGAAAGGUUUGACUGACGAGGAAUCUUGGAGUUUGUUGAAGAACAUUGCAUUUGAGGGUGAUUCUAAAGGAGUAAAUCAAAAUCUAGAAUCAAUGGGGAAAGAAAUAGCUAAAAAUUGCAAAGGGGUUCCAUUGGCAGUUAAAACGCUGGGAGGCCUGUUAAGAGAACAAACUGAAGAAAGAGAAUGGGAGAAUGUUUUACGCGGUGGCUUCUGGAAAUCAUGUGAAGAGCAAGAUAGUAUCAUGCCAAUUCUAAAACUCAGUUACCACAACUUGUCGCCAGAAAUGAGACAAUGUUUUGCUUACUGCUCUUUGUAUCCCAAGGAUUCAAGAAUUCCAAAGGACAAGUUGAUUCAGUUAUGGACGGCACAGGGUUACCUUGAAUUUUCAGCUGAAAAACACAGCAUGGACGUGGAAGAUAUUGGUAACCAAUUUGUAAGCACGUUUUUUCUGAACUCAUUUUUUCAAGACGCUGAAAGUGAUAAACACGGCAGGAUCAUUAGAUUCAGAAUGCAUGAUUUAAUGCAUGAUCUUGCAAUGCUUGUUGCUGGCAAUGAUUGUUGUUACUUGGAUAGUAUGGCGGAAAAGGUUGAAGGUAGUCCCAUGCACGUAUCUUUGGAAUCUAGGGCCAUUCAUUUAUUGAAUUCAUUAGAUAAAAGCAGGCUGCGAACUUUGAUUUUGCCGGAUCAUCGCAAUUUUGAUGAGGAGGAAGUGCCUGUUGCCAAUUUCAAAUACUUGCACGUCUUGAAGAUUUCAACUGAUUAUUUUCACAAAUCGUCUGAUUCAAUUGAAGGAUUGAAGCAUUUAAGAUAUCUUGGUUGUGCUGGUUAUUUCCCCUUAAAUGGGAUGCGUGGGUUGGGAAAAUUACACUCGUUGCAAUUCUUACCAGUCUUUGAUGUAAGUAGCCAGGAAACAGGCUAUGGCACACUAAAUGAAUUGAAAGAUUUAAACCAGCUGAGGGGAGAAUUAAGAAUUGAGAAUCUCGAUUGGGUGGGAAACGUGGCUCUGGAAUCACAGGAUGUAAAUUUAAAAGAAAAAAAAUUCCUUAAAUCCUUGACUCUAGAUUGGUAUAAUGAGUAUUAUGAUGAAUGGCCAAACCACACCCGUGACUGUGACAGUGACAGUGACAACUUACAGUUAUUAAAAAACCUUCAGCCCCACAGCAAUCUUAAGCAAUUGAAGGUGAGUUAUUACCGAGGCGUGCAUUUCCCAUACUGGCUUUCUCUCCUCACAAAUGUUGUUCACAUCUCUCUCUUUAGCAUUGGAUGCCGCUGUCUCCCAUCGAUGGAACGUCUCCCGUCUCUGAAGUCACUUGAGAUAAGAUUUCUUGCUGAAUUGGAAUACAUAUAUCUUUCCGAAGAUUUUGCAGUAACCUUCUUCCCCUCUUUGGAGAGCCUCGUAUUAUCAUAUUGUUCUAAGCUAAGGGGAUGGCGGAGGAGGAGGGUGGGAUAUGAUAUCAAUGAUUCACAUAAUCUCUCCUUAACUCUUUCAUUUACUAAUCUUUCUCAACUAGAUGUCUAUUCCUGUUCACAGUUGACUUGCAUGCCUACUUUUCCAAAAGUCAAGGUUUUAAAAUGGGGUCAAUAUAGUGCUGCGGAGCCAUUAAUAGCAACAUUAAACACAACAUGUUCAGCUGACUCAUCUUCAUCCGCUGCUCCUCUUUCUAUGCUCAAAGAACUUACGAUUUCUGAUCCUACCAAGUUACCAAAGGGUUGGAUGCAAAAUCUGAUUUCUCUCGAGUCUCUUCAAGUUGAACGGCAUGGAAGUGAAACGCUAGAGGAAUUUGAAACUGGCUUUAAGGAUGGCACCGACUGCCUUCCUUCUCUGCGAAAAAUGAACGUGUCUUCGUGUGUAAGGCUAAAGGCUUUGCCAGAUUGGAUUUGCAAUCUCUCAUCGCUUCAACAUAUCGAGGUCUCAUUCUGCCAAAAAUUGGAGUCGCUGCCCGAAGGGAUGAGUGGUCUUACCAACUUAAAGAUCUUUGAGGUCAUCAACUGUUCCCUCUUACUUGAAGAAUGCCGAACACAGACAAGUGCUGUUAGUCGCCAAAUCGCACACAUCCCACAAAUUAUCCUUCGUGAAAAGUGAUGAUAAAGAUGAGUCAGAUUCCUGAAGAAUGCUUAAGCAGAAGAUGAGUGAGUUUGCAAAGGAAAUGCAUGCGGACCAGUUUCAUAGCGCAAGGACUAGUUGCCCCUUUUACAAACAUCAUUAAUUUGUUUAUGUUAUUUUCCUAAGACGACCAUUUUUGUGUUCAUUUUUUAAGAGUAAUUUUAGAUUAUUUUCAUUGAGGUGUUCUGUUUCUGUUUGUAUGUCAUCCAAAAAAGAAGCUAAGGUCUCAUGUGGAGUCAUUUUAUUGUUACUGACCCAACAUAGUAAAUUUGUUAUCAUGGUUUAUGUAAAUGGAACCUUCAAUUUAUUUAUUUUUUCAAGUUAUCUAAUUUUAAUUGUU